AUGUCUUGGAAGCUCACCAAGAAGCUCAAGGAGACGCAUCUGGCGCCCCUCGCCAACACAUUCAGUCGCUCGUCGUCGACGUCGACCAUAGUCGAUGACCAGCCGACGCCCAAAGCCUCGAGUUCCGCCGCCAGCGCGACGACGCUCGGCAACUCCAAGGACAAUGGCAUUGCCGCCUCAGAAGCCAACGCCUCCGCGCCGGCACAGCCCCUGCGCCCCGGUAUCCUCAUAGUCACGCUCCAUGAGGGUCAGAAGUUCUCCCUGCCCGCCGGCGCCGAGCAGCAGUUCAGCGGCGGCAGCCACCACCAGGGCUCCAUGUCCCAGGGCGGCGGCCUCUCGGUCGCGGGCUCAAUGCGCCCCGGCUCGUCCUCGCACCGGCCGCAGUCUGCUGCUGGCAGCAUCAAUGCCGCGCCCACGAUCCACGGUCGCUACUCCUCAAAACACCUGCCCUAUGCCCUCGUCGAUUUCGACAAGCAGCAGGUCUUCAUCAACGCAGUUUCCGGUACCCCCGAGAACCCACUCUGGGCGGGCAGCAACACCCAGUACAAGUUCGAUGUGUCCCGUGUCACCGACCUCACCGUCUCGCUUUACAUCCGAAACCCCUCCGCCUCGCCCAACGCUGGUCGCAACGAAGACAUCUUCAUUGGAACACUGAAGGUCCACCCCCGAUUCGAGGAGUCGCGGCAGGACAGCAAGGCCGGAAAUGGAGAGGGUGGCGCUGGCCAGGCCGGUGCCGACUGGAUACCAGUGCAGUUCGGUAGCGGCCAGAUGAAGGUCGGCGUCAACUUUGUCGAGAACAGGCAAGACCGUCUCGCGAUUGACGACUUUGAACUCCUCAAAGUAGUCGGCAAGGGCAGUUUCGGAAAGGUCAUGCAGGUGCAGAAGAAAGACACGCACCGGAUCUACGCCCUCAAGACCAUUCGCAAAGCACACAUCAUCUCCCGAUCCGAAGUCGCGCAUACUCUGGCCGAACGGUCUGUUUUGGCUCAAAUCAACAACCCCUUCAUCGUUCCGUUGAAGUUCUCUUUCCAGUCGCCAGAGAAGCUGUAUCUUGUUUUGGCCUUUGUCAACGGUGGAGAACUCUUCCACCAUCUGCAGAAGGAACAACGGUUCGACAUCAACCGAGCUCGGUUCUAUGCCGCUGAACUGCUGUGCGCUCUUGAGUGCUUGCACGGUUUCAACGUCAUUUACCGUGAUUUGAAACCCGAGAACAUCCUUCUCGAUUACACUGGCCACAUUGCCCUGUGCGAUUUCGGUCUCUGCAAGCUGGACAUGAAGGAUGAGGACCGGACAAACACGUUCUGUGGAACACCAGAAUACCUCGCUCCGGAACUCCUUACUGGCGCUGGCUACACCAAGUCUGUCGAUUGGUGGACACUGGGUGUUCUCCUAUACGAGAUGUUGACUGGAUUGCCCCCAUUCUAUGAUGAGAACACCAACGACAUGUACCGCAAGAUUCUCACCGAGCCUCUACACUUCCCUGGCCCUGAGAUCGUGCCACCGGCCGCACGCGAUCUCUUGACCCGCCUGCUAGACCGCAACGCUGAGAAGCGACUGGGUGCUAAGGGCGCAGCCGAGAUCAAGGCGCACUACUUCUUCCACAGCAUCGACUGGCGAAAGCUUCUUGAGAGGAAGUACGAGCCCAGCUUCAAGCCUAAUGUGGUUGACGCAAAGGACACUGCCAACUUCGACCGCGAGUUCACUUCCGAAGCUCCAACAGAUUCAUAUGUCGAUGGUCCCAUGCUUUCGCAGACCAUGCAGCAGCAAUUCGCGGGAUGGUCAUACAACCGCCCUGUUGCUGGUCUUGGCGACGCUGGUGGCUCGGUGAAGGAUCCAUCAUUCGAGGGUGUGACAGAAAGAUAG